UGCUAAAAUAGUUAGAUCCUACUCUAAUAAGGUUUGGAUGGAUGCAUGGUUAAGCAUGACAUCCACAUAAACAAUGGCACAACAAAGGUUGAGCGAAAGGAUGAAGUUACUUUUGUGCCCACCUCAAGGGACUCAGGCAACUUGGACAUGAUGGCUAAAAGAAGGAAGGGAAGGUGGAGCAGAAUGGGCUGCUAGCUUUCCAUUGAAUGCCAUAGUAGGUAGCAGAAACUUAAGUAUAAUGUUACUUCCCACAAUUGAGAGGAUCAAAAGAGAAACCACCAUCCUUCGCACAUAUCUAAUAUAUCUGUCUAUGCACCCACCAAUUGCCCUCCCUUUCAGGAUGGAAGAAAUGCGGUUUAUAAUCAUUGUCUUUAGGUGGUCCAAAGAAGAUUGGUACUAGCAAAUAUAUUGGUCCAGGGUGCUUUAACCACCAUUCAUUGGUUGGAAACCUAAGCCAUGUGUUAGAAAAAUAAAGGAAGCUGCCAUAGCUGAUAUAGCAAAGCAUCAAGUCCUUGAAGAAAAAAAAGUCAUUGAAGAAAAAGGCCAAGGAUUGGUUCUUAACAAGAAAACUGAAAACUUACCAACUUUGGCUUUACUAUUCAGAAAUAGCAAGCCAGCUUCACAAGUUCUCAACACAAUACAGAAACUAUAAGAAAAAAGCAAUAAAAAGAAUUGAAAUGAUUAUGUCAUGCAUGGUCAUCAACCCAGAAUCAUGGACAUUCACAAUAUAUAUUUUAAUUAUUAUUGGAUGCUAGCAAUCCCAAAGGCCAAAACCACACUGGGAAUAUGCAGACUUUAGCUGCUUCUGUUAGCAGCUCAACUUUUGAACGUUGAUAAAGAGGAAAAGUUGUCAAUAAGGACCCAGAGAGUUUUCAAAGCUUUUCUCCUUGUCCAUAUCCUGAUAGAAUUUUUUCUCUCUUCAGAAAAGAACACGAUGCAGUAAAGUUUGUUUCUUUUUCCAUUAUAUUAACAAACAAUAAUCCAAUAUAUCAUUCCCCCCACCCUGUACUGUAGCAAUGUAUUGGCAGAAUCUCCUACUGCAUAGAACAGAACAAAAGAGCACCUUGGAGGCUUAUGUUUUGGCUGUUUGAGUGGGGAGACAAUUAUAACUAGACCAAGCCAGAUGUUGGUUUCUAUUGGUCAAUCAAAUCAAACCCCUCAAUUACAUAUAUCCCUACAGAAGCUAAUUAGAAGCCAUUACCGAUUGGAUUGUUCUUGAACCAAACCAAAAAAAAAAAAUACAUAAACAGUACACACAGCAGAAACAAACAAGAAAUUUCACUCACAGGGAACUUACCACAAACACCUGAUAGGCACUGUAGAGUUUGGCGCCAAGCAUCUACCAAAUGAAAUGCGUGGACAUAGCUGCGAGCCACCCGCCACCGCCGAUCAUCAAAAUUUCCCCUGGCCCAGCCUACAACGGCGUCCCCUGCCACUUCCGGCGGCGAAUUCCUGAUCAGAGCCCAGUUCCCAGAGGCGGCGGCGGCUACAGAGUAUGCUCUGAUAUCUGUUACAGGAGCAAUUUACUACGAGAUGAGGAACUCACGACCAAAAUUGGAGAUGGGUUUACGAAAGGAACGAAUGUUCAGCGGGUUUCAUGCAUGGAACUCAGGGAAGAGAGUAAAGUGACGAUGGAUGAGGCGAGAGGGGAAAUGGAAGAGAAAAAGGAAGGAGCUUUUUUUUUUUAUUUUUUUGGUGAAAAAGGAAGGAACUUUGAGGUGGUGGAAUGGAAUGGUUUGUGGGUUUUUGGUGUGUGACAUUACGAUAGGAGACUCCUUUUAAUGCCUCACCCCCAAGAAUAUUGGGAAAGAGGGUGAGAGGAAGAGUGGCUUGAUGAGAUUAGUCAGCAAGAGUUGGGGUUUUUAUGAGAAUGAACGAGCAAUUUAAUA